AUGGCUGUGCUGAACAGCAGCAGCAGGAAGACGGUGGUGACACUGGCCGUGGUGGUGGCGCUGCUGGCGUCGUCCCCGUCGGCGGCGAUCACGUGCGGGCAGGUGGGGACGGCGUUGGCUCCGUGUAUUCCGUACGCGACGGGGAGGGCCAGCGCGCUCCUUUCCACGUGCUGCAGCGGCGUGCGCAGUCUCAACAACCAGGCGCGUACCAGCGCGGACCGCCAGGCGGCGUGCUGCCGCUGCCUCAAGAGCCUCGCCAACACCGUCCCGUCGCCACCAUCCCCGGCAAGUGCGGCGUCUCCGUGCCUUUCCCCAUCAGCAUGUCUACCGACUGCAACAAGGUCAGCUAAAUGA